AAAAAAGAAAAUCCCUAAAUCAAAAACCCUAAUUGAUCAGAAUGGAAGAUUGGAUUCCACUCUUCCAAAUUUUCUUGAAUUCGCCGUGCCCCGAGAGCGAUGCAUCGCAAUGGCUGCAAACGAAUUUCAACCCAUCAUCAAACACCAAUUCCAUUUCCACCACAUCUCUUCUGUCACUUCUUACAAGAAUUUCAGACGCUAAUUCCGAUGAUCCAUCUUCUCUGCAGAAAAAGAGGGUUAUGUGGGUUCAGACAUUGCCUAAUGUAGUUCAGGCUCGAAUUUUGUCGUUUCUCGUAUACGAUAAUCAGAGGUUCUGUAGAAAUGACUUGUGUGGACUUGCUAGAACUAUGUUGACUCAGGGUAAAAAUCUCGAUUUUUGGGUGAAGAAAGCUGCCGAACAGCUUCUUGAUUCAGUAUCCGUGUCUGAUUAUCGAUGGCUCUCGUGUUUGAAUUUGGACUCGGAAGAAGAAAAUGCUGACGGAGAGUUCUACUCGAUUCCCGAUUGGCUUAGCGAUGCUGCUAAAGAUAACGAGCCAGUGUUGCCUUGGCUUCCUAUUUCGCCCGAUGAACUAAUUGCGGAAAGGCCAUCGAUUGGCAGUGUGUGUAAGGAAGAUGAUUUGAUUGUUAAUGGGAAUGGGAGUAGUGAAAAACAAGAAGAAUUCGAUGAAGUGAUGCUAGAAAUUGACGUGGACGAACGUAAAUUCGACGACCCUAUAGAGGUCGAAGUCGAAAAGACGGCAAUAUCUAUUAAAUCCCGUCUUCUUAAUCUCGAGUCGACGUCUAAAGCUGUGGAAUUGGCGAACGAAAUUCGCGAGCUUUGUAUUCGGUGCGGAAAAGAAUAUUAUUUGCCAGUUUUGAAUUUGAUUGAACCGUGGAGUACAAACGAUGAGAUAUCAGCGGUUUUGAUGUCUUGUUUCUCCGUGGAUGAUCUUAGCUGGCAUAGUCAUGUGUUAUGCUCAAUAGCCCUUCCUAAGUUGUUAAUACUCAACGGACCGUGUUCUCGUGUGGUGUUGAGUGCUACGAUCGAGUACUGCAAGGCCCACCAUAAGGCCGCUGAGUAUGCGCUUCUGCUUCCGUUGAUUUUACGAAGUGAAGGUGUGAACAGCCACAUAUGUGAUGUCAUCACUCGAAUAGUUAAAGAGUGCAUGCAUACAGCUCACGUUUCGGCUUUUUGUCAAAAAGUGCUCUGCGAAGAUAAAGAUGCGAAGAGGUUCGUUUGCCUGCCAUGUCAUCGGUGUUUGAUUAGCGAUGAAUUGGUGUGGACGGAAUCUUUGUUUGGCUUGUGGCGGAAUAUUCUGAAUCAUGAUGUUCGAUUUGUGCAAGAUUCGGUGGAUCGACUUGUUGACCGUGUCUGCGAAUUCGGUGACAGGUACUCGAAAUCCUUAAAGUUUGGUAAUUUUGUACUAUGCCUAGUCAGCAAAUGUGGUCCGUUUUUGAAGCGGCACAAGGUUUUAUUGACUGAAGUUGUUGAGAAAACUGACACAAUAGUUACCAAAUCGAUAAUAUCGAAAUUGUCUGCCUUGUAACUUCUCUUGUUAAUUUGGUGAAAAUGGAACUUACUUUUGAUUUGAAUAGACGGUGCUCGAGAAGCAAUGCAAAUUCUGCUUCCAUUUCACAUAGCCAUAAUACGGUGAAUUGCACUCUUGUAAACACAGUUACUCAAAAUCUCGACCUGAUCACCAAUAUUUACGAAUAUUCUGUUAUUCUUCGAAGGUGGAAUUUUCACCCAUUUUCCGUCUUUGAAAAACUCGAGACCUGGGACUUGGUCGUCUUGUAGCAAGAGAAUUAUGCCGC